UAGACCUCUCCGGUAAACCGUAGCGUGUAUGGCCGGCUUUUAAUGGAAAAAAACCCGAAAGAUAAACACACGGCAGCGUCUCUAUUCUGAUCAAGUAUAUAGUAUAAAGGAAAAAUUUUCUACCCGGUAAGGCAAACUAAAAUUGAAAAUGUCAGUAGCAGUUAUACGUAUCUUAAUUGAAACAUUGUUCCGAAAUCAUUAUAUAUAAACAAAAAAGCAUGACUUACCGUACUUCAGUAACAUUUGCAGAAAUGUGCAUAUAGAUACACUUUCGGCCAUCAUGCGGCAAUUUAAUGAAAUGAGCGUUUUGACACUGCUGUCGCUGUUCUUUGUGUGGUGUUUUGUUUACAUUUUUACUCUCGGCUCGGCGCCGGUUUACACAUACACGCGACAAACACGAAAAGGUCUCCUGUCUCCUUUAUUCGCGGACGGCAUCACCGUCCUCCCCAUCAAUUCAUUCUUCGUUAGUCAAAAUCAGUCCAGUCGUAUUUAGGACACGUAAAACGUCGCUGCAGAGUUUAUGUAAGAUCCGAAAACUUUAUUCUUCGAAUAUCGGAAUAAAAAUGACCGAUCCGAAUAUACUGGAAAGGCCGAUCAUCUGUCCGUAUGAUCGAAAUCACCGCAUAGCACCAUCACGAAUACAGAUACACUUAGUGAAAUGUUCCAAAAAUUAUCCGCCUGAUUAUAAAGUGAGCUGUCCAUACAAUGCAACUCACCGAUUAUUCCGAAACGAAGUCGAGGAACAUAUAAAUAACUGUCGCGAUCAUCAACACGUCAAUCCCGGUAUUUAUGAAACAUGCUCUAAAAGAGGAGCAGACAUGUCAAGUGUCGCUUCAGAGUGUUUCAGUGUCGUUGGCAGCCAAGAGACUUGGGAAGACGACAAUGAAAAUUCUUUGUAUCCUGUAAUAUAUCCUCCUGAUUGUCCAUCCGUCACUCCAAUGAAUAGCGAGAGCAGAAGAAACUUGGAUAACCGUUUGAGAUACAUUGUGCCGAGUCGACCACUAUCGUUGCACUCGAGAAAUCGCGCACCGAGUGGAUUGGCACAAGCUCUGAUGAUGGAGCAGUCCGAACAAUCAGAAGUAGAAGAUAUGGAAUCCGUAAAGAGUUUCAUGGGUGUUGGGCGUGGAAAACCCUGGAGUCAGCCACACAAUGAAAUGAUUACGAAGAUCGGCCGUGGACGCGGAUCAGCUCAGGUCAACAAGAAUGACUAAAGACUCCUCAACCUCUCCGUGCAAAUAAUAAACUGUAUAAGAUUCAACUGAAACUAACUAAUGAGAUAAAACAACCGAGUAUUAAUUACUUGAUACAGUUAUUGGACGUAGACUAAAUAAAGUUUGAUUCCCUGAUUUCGUCGACACUGAA